GAAUCUAAAUUUUCGAGAAAUUUAAUUUAGGAAGCUAAAAGAAAGGUUCAGGGCUUUGAGCUUUUGGUUUCAUUGAAUAAGGAGUGAACCAACACAAAGAAAAUGGGAACUCACAUCAAUUUCAACAGCCUAGGAGGCGGUGGUGGUGGGGAAGGAUUUAACCAGAUGAAGGCAACAGAUACUGCCAAUCCCUUGCCGAGACAGUCCUCGCUUUACUCACUAACCUUUGAUGAGCUCCAGAGCAGUAACACACUAGGUGGGCCGGGAAAAGAUUUCGGGUCAAUGAACAUGGAUGAACUCUUGAAGAUCAUAUGGACUGCAGAUGAAGCUCAGGCCAUGGGCAUGACCAUGACUUCUUCAGCUGCUGCUACAUCAGUAUCCCAACCUCCUGGUGGUGGGAAUCUCCAUAGACAAGGCUCGUUGACGUUGCCUAGAACGAUUAGUCAGAAGACCGUUGAUGAGGUCUGGAAAUGUUUGAUCAAAGACGGUAAUAAUAUGGGAGGUAGCAGCGGAGGUGGUGGCGGUGGUGAGUCUAAUAAUGCGCCUCAGAGACAACAGACUUUAGGGGAAAUGACACUUGAGGAUUUUCUGUCCCGCGCUGGUGUUGUAAGAGAAGUUAACAACUCUUCACAGCAGAUGGGUCAGGUUGGAAACAAUAACAAUGGGUUUUAUGGUAACAACGGAGCUGCUGGGGGAUUAGGCUUUGAGUUUGGUCAGCCAAAUCAAAACAGCAUAUCUUUCAACAAUGGAACUAAUGAUUCUAUGAUCUUGAAUCAAGGCCUUAAAGUGGGUGGGACAAUGCAGCAGCAGCAGCCACAACAGCAGUUUCAACAACAGCAGCAGCUGAAUCAGCCACAUCCACAGCAGCAGCAGCGGGUGCCUCAGACCAUUUUUCCUAAACAAGCAAAUGUAGCAUUUGCUGGGCCGGUGGGUAUGGUCAACAAGAAUUUUAAUGGGGCUUCCAACAACUCUAAUGGAUUAGCUAAUUUCGGAGGAGCCGGGGUUACUGUUGCAGCAACGUCUCCAGGGACAAGCAGCGCAGAAAAUAACUCUCUGUCACCAGUUCCUUAUGUGCUUAAUCGAGGAAGAAGAAGCAAUACGGGUCUGGAGAAGGUUAUCGAGAGGAGGCAAAGGAGAAUGAUCAAGAACCGAGAAUCAGCUGCUAGAUCAAGAGCUCGAAAGCAGGCUUAUACCUUGGAACUGGAAGCUGAAAUUGAAAAGCUCAAGAAAGUGAAUCAAGAAUUGCAGAGAAAACAGGCUGAAAUGAUGGAAAUGCAGAAGAAUGAGCUGAAGGAAUCGUCGAAGAAACCGUGGGGCAGCAAAAGGCAAUGCUUGAGAAGGACACUAACUGGUCCGUGGUAAUAUAAGAACGAAGCAACAAGAACUGAUCAAACCAGACACCACUUGGCAUGGGAUUAAUGUAAUAGGUUACAGAGUAGUGCUACCUGUACAGGAGAUUAUGAACAAUUGUGUGGAAAUCUAGGUUACAGAGUAGGAGAACUUUUCAUUGCGCAUAAAAACAUAUUUUGCUCCCUGGCCUACAUUAGUCUAGGUUUAGAUGAUAGCCCUAUCUUUUGUGUUUCCUUGUUUGUUGUGGUUUAUGAAGACAUCGUUGUUUAUAUAUAUCAUGACCACUAAAUCACUCUCGACUCUGUUAGAAAACAUAUUUAUCUUCCAAAACUGCAACUAAAAAACAAGUUGAUGAUCCAAAAUGCCAAAUUUAUAGAAGUGACUUGACUCAAAAGGAGAGACCAUUUGGUGGAGAGCCUGUCUCAAGCAAGAAACUCCUGCUACAAUGCGACCUUGAAGUAGUGCUAGAGGAAGAAGCCAAGUCACCUCUCAGUGACCUCCCUUUGUGCUCCUCAACCGCCAUUGCAAGCUCCAGAUGCAACGGAUCACAGCUUUCACACAAAAGCCUCAGGACUUGCUUGAUUGAUGGCCUUGCCACGCCUUCUUUCUCUGUGCACCAUCUCACAACCGCAACUACUGUUUCCAGCUGUUCACCAUCUAUGCAGUCUUUGAUUCUCGAAUCUACCAAAUCUAUGCGUCUUGAUUCUGAUACCAGUAAAGGCUGAGACAUUUCCACCAGGUUCCUACCUUCAU